GUAACCAACAAUUAACCACAACAAGAAGAAAACAACAUAUUAUGAGUUCAGAAAAUUGUACACAAAGGAAGCAUUAUGUUCUGGUGCAUGGGGCAUGCCAUGGAGCUUGGUGUUGGUAUAAGCUCAAGCCACUCUUGGAAUCUGCAGGACACAAGGUCACAGUGCUUGAUCUUGCAGCUUCUGGCAUCAACAUGAAGAGAAUAGAAGAUGUUGUUACUUUCUCAGAGUAUUCUGAACCUUUGUUGCAGCUAUUGGCCACACUUGCCCAAAAUGAGAAGAUAGUUCUAGUUGGCCACAGCCUUGGAGGACUCAGCAUAGCACUUGCAAUGGACAAAUUCCCAGAAAAGGUAGCUGUUGCUGUUUUCUUAACAGCUGUAAUUCCAGACACUGAACACAAACCAUCCUAUGUCUUGGAAAAGGUUUGCUUCUCAUCCUAAUCUUAAUACUUAAACAUUUCGUCAGUUUUCAAAC